UUAAUGUGCUUGUGGAGGUGCAUGUCGUUCCAUUGAUUGUGCAGUUUACUACAAAAACAAAAAAGAAAAAAACAACAACAACAACCACCUCAAAGAAACAAGAAAAAAAAUAUAAUAAUAAACGUGAACGAAUUCGAAAAUUUGCGCAAUUUUGUAUUAUUAUCGUAAUGCGCGCUAAUUGACAGACGACACGGAAAUGAACGACGCCGUCGUAUAUAGACAGACGACAACAUUGACAACCACAUCAACCACAUGUUUGGAGAAGCGGCGACAUUGGCCCAAUGGCUAUGUUCGCGAUCAUUGUCAUCGGGCGCGCACCGAGGGCGUUGAUGUGAAGGCUCGACGUAAAUUGAUCAUUGCCAGUGUCCUGUGUCUGGUUUUCAUGAUAGCUGAGAUAGUCGGUGGUGUACUAUCGAACAGCUUGGCCAUUGCAACAGAUGCCGCGCAUUUGCUCACCGAUUUUGCCAGUUUUAUGAUAUCCCUAUUCGCCAUCUGGAUAGCUGGACGACCAUCAACACAACGAAUGUCCUUUGGUUGGUAUCGUGCCGAAGUCAUUGGCGCCAUGGCCUCUGUCUUUAUGAUCUGGGUCAUCACAGGCAUACUCGUCUGGUUGGCCAUUGGACGCCUUAUAAGUGGCGACUACGAGGUGGAUGCCAAGAUCAUGCUGAUCACAUCCGGAUUGGCAAUUCUCGUUAAUGUCAUCAUGGGCGUGCAGCUACAACACGGCCAUUCGCAUGGCCUGGGGGGUGGCGAUGGCGGCGGUCACGGUCACAGUCACGGCGGUGGCAAGAGUUCCAAGAAGCAAAAGAAUAAGGAGAAUGCUUUGCCAACUGCUGCUCAAUUGGCUCAUGCACAAGGCACCACACUAACACCCUGCAGCGCCUCGCCCACCUAUCGUAUUGAGGGCGGCGUGGCUCUCGAUCCGACAGCACCAGAGGAUGCAGAGCUGCCCGCCAGCGGUCUGCCUAGCUUUAGUUAUCAGAACUCGAAGCUAGUGACAUCGACACGAGAUUUGGAUGUGGCUGCUGUUAUGGCCGAAACGGCACCGGGCGCCCACCAUCAUGGCGGCGAUGCUGGACGGGAAGCCGUUAAUAUGAAUGUGCGUGCUGCCUUUAUCCAUGUCAUUGGCGAUAUGAUUCAGAGUGUGGGCGUUUUUAUGGCUGCCGGUGUCAUCUACUUUUGGCCAGAAUGGGCCAUCGUUGAUCCGAUUUGUACAUUUGUCUUCUCCAUCAUUGUGCUCUUCACUACCUUUACCAUAAUGAAGGAUGCCUUGCUGGUUCUCAUGGAGGGCACACCCAACUAUAUGCAUUAUGCCGAAGUACUGGAGAUAUUCAAGGGUAUUCAAGGCGUGGAGCGCGUCCACAAUCUUCGCAUUUGGGCCCUGAGCAUCAAUAAAGUGGCGCUAUCUGCCCAUUUGGCAAUUGCUGCCAAUGCGAAUCCCAAGCAGAUUCUGGACGCAGCCACCACUGCGGUGCAUUUGCGUUACAAUUUCUUUGAGACGACCAUCCAAAUUGAGGAUUAUACAGCGCAAAUGGAGGACUGCAUCCAAUGCAAUGUGCCGGAGAAGUGAAUGAACCUCGGAUGAACCUCAGAAAUACAGAGAUUAGCGCAGAAAUUGACGGAUGAGAAUUGAAGACAGACAGCGAAGAAGGAGCUAAGCAGUUGCUUGUACUGCCUAGCCAUAGGCAUUAUUUACUUUGCAUUUAUACAUGCAGAUUUUCACAUGAUUUAGAUUUAAGACUACAAUGUAAACAACAACUACGAAUGUGUGAAUAAUCUAUCAAAUUGUUAGCUUAUUGUACUAAUAAUUGUAAUAAAAAGUUAACUUAAUGUACUUUUCA